GCUGCAGGCGUAUUACAUUAGACACAGUCGUCCCACCGGCCGCGACGCGUGAAAUUUUCAAACGUAUCUCGAAUCGGACGCUAGUAAUUGGCAGCGACAUACGGUGGCGCUUCGAAUUCUCUGUCAGUGCUCGAUGCAUGCCGAACUGAUCUCGUUAUUUCGCUUAAGUUACAUGCGUGUUUGCUUGUGACUUACGAAGUGAGGGACGUCAUGCCGUGCCUGCCUAAAUAACGUUUUCGGUAAUGCUGCCACGCCACAGCCGUAACACAAAAUAAAUUAUGUCCAGUGAUGUGAUAUGUCCGCGCGUUCAUGAUAGAGUACUCGCCCCUUGUAAAUGUAUUUCGAAGUGAACUCUCUGAACUUCAGGUGCCAGGUGCGUAGAGAGCAGCUGGCAAGAUGGGCAAGUUGUUGUCAAAGAUCUUUGGCAACAAGGAGAUGCGAAUUCUUAUGCUAGGAUUGGAUGCUGCUGGAAAAACUACAAUACUAUAUAAACUUAAAUUAGGACAGUCCGUAACAACUAUACCAACUGUAGGAUUCAAUGUAGAAACAGUUACCUAUAAAAAUGUUAAGUUCAAUGUUUGGGAUGUUGGUGGACAGGAUAAAAUACGUCCGCUUUGGCGUCAUUAUUACACCGGUACACAAGGACUUAUUUUUGUAGUAGAUUGUGCCGACAGAGAUCGAAUAGACGAAGCACGCCAGGAGCUUCAUCGAAUUAUAAAUGAUAGAGAAAUGCGAGAUGCUAUUAUUUUAAUUUUUGCAAAUAAACAGGAUCUUCCAGAUGCAAUGAAACCACACGAAAUACAAGAAAAAUUGGGUUUAACUAGGAUACGAGAUAGGAAUUGGUAUGUUCAGCCAUCAUGUGCCACAACUGGAGAUGGGCUUUACGAAGGCCUUACAUGGUUGACCAGUAAUCAUAAAUUAUGAACAAAUAUUUAUUUUUCAUCAGUUAACCACAUACCAAGAAUGUACGUUUGCUUUGUUUUUCAUUUUUAUUUAUCAUGUAGAGGCUCUGUAACAAAACUGAUAAUGAUCAUUACCAUGAUCCAUAAGAAAGAAAGAAAGAGAGGGAGAGAGAGAAAUAGAGUGAGAGAGUGGGAGAGAAAGAGGAAAAAAUAAUUUCCAAUGUAUUGCAGCAAACGUAAAACAACCAUUAACAUCAAAUGGUGUGUUUCAAUAAUAAUAAUAUAUAAAUAGAAAUUUAUCAAAGUACCAAAAGAUAUAGACUUUGUUACUAACUGUUCACUGAAGUCCGUGAAAAUAGUUAAUACAACAAUAUUGACUAGAUUAUUACAUUCAACAUUUUACUAUAAUUUAUAUAUAUAUAUAUAUUCGCGUACGUAUCGCAUUACGAGAUACUAACUAUAAAAGAAUACAAAGAGUUAUAAGAGCUACUUGUGACAUUCAGGAAGAGCAUCUUUCCAAUUUGAAAUUAUCAUUUAUGCAACACUUAAUUUAAAAUGUCGUCCAAAACAAUUAGACGUAAAGUUCAUCCUUCACUGAUUGUUAUUCAUACUACGUAAAAUGUAUCACGCAUAAUAUUCAUACAUAUAAUCCCACUGAUAUAUGUGAGUAAACAUUCAAAGCACUUGCAUCAAUGACUUUAUACAGCACAGCAUUGAGUAUGACUUUAUACAGCAUCGAUAAACUCAUUGAUAAAUCUUUACCAUCAAUCUUAUUCUUUGAAAAAAGAACAAAGAGAGAGAGAAAAAAAAUGCAUUUGUGGUGUCAUUCUACUUUCUGUUUUUUACUAAUUGUCUUCCAUUCGAGUUUCACGCAUAUCAAUCAACUUCUUUUUUUCCAAAAAAGAAACCGAGAAGAAAGUGACAAGUCACAAUGAUGUUAUAUAUCUUUUUUGUGCUUCAACUUCAAUUAAAAUGCAUUUAACGUACAAACGUACACUUAUACAUACAAAAUGGGAUUGUUCUGUACGCACAAAUGGGAAGCCACUGGGUUUGAUGACACUGAAAAGCUCAAAAAAGAGGAGACAGAGAAAGAGAGAGAGAAAGAAAAGGAGGAAAAAAAAAGAAAAUAGGAACUAUGUUACUAAUAACGUAACAGCAUUAAAUCUGCCAAUAUUUUUUACCAGUUAAGCGAUCAGAUUACGCAGAAUUAGAAUUAGGUCACAGAAGAAAAAAAAUAAGAGUCGGACAAUGUUUUACAUGCGUCUCGUUUUAUUUCCUUUUGAUAAUAAGAUGUAGAAUGAGAGUGAUAAACAUACUUAUCAAUAUUUGCCGUUAAUUGAACAGAAACAAAAACAUUUCAACGUCAUUCAACCCUACCCCCCCCCCCUUUUUUUCUUCGUAUUUACAUUUGCGAUUAAAAGCGGAAUAAGGACACGAUAAUAUACGUUGUUCCAUCGCUCUGUUUCUAUAUCAACGUUUUUGCAUUCCACGAUUUAUACUAAGGUAUUAGGAUUUUAACAAAUUGUAUUAUUAUUUUACCGCAGUAAUGAUUAAUACAGAUACGUUAAUAAGUUCGUCGGAUUCUUUUCCUCGGCAUACGUACCGUUAAUGUUAAGUACCGUGUUUUGGUGAGAACUUAACGUGUAAAAUAAAAUAGCUCGCAUUUAAAAAGACCCAUACACAGAUUUCAGAGAAAGAGAGAGAGAAGGCAGUAGGCUCUUUCAAUUGUGUAUGGGCUAGUAUCGAGCGAAAAGUGUUCUAUGUACAUGUUUAUACUAAUUAACUUCUAAUUAACGUCUAAAACGAAGGUUCAUAAUGUUGUGUCAUAUUUGUUUCUCUUAGUAAUGUAAUUGAAGACGUAAGAAAACGUAAUUAAAAGAAACAUAACAAACAGUUAUAUUCAAUAACAGGUAACAUUGUUAGAAGGUAGUUGGCCUUUUUUUAAAGGAGACACGCAGGCAGGUUUUAAUAUAUAUUACAAAAAGAAAGCAAGUAUAUUUUGGCAAUAAACUUUAUUUGAACGAAUUACACACUUACACGCUGUUGAAUUGAAGUUCAAGUUUUCAUUGAUCAUAGGGUACGUGUUUCAUUAGUAAAAUGUCCAAAGCUUGAAACGAAAUGAAUCCUAAAUAUAUAUACACGGCUCGAAGCAGAUAUUUUUAGUGAUUUUUUUUUUAAUUUUUUUUUUAAUAAUAAGGCGAGUUUCACUUAGCAGUAAUGUAUUUAUUCAUUCUUCGUUCAUUUGUGAGAUAAAAAAAGCAUUUAUAGUGACGAUACUAAUUUUAAACUUAAAAAAAAAAGAAAAAAAAAUUAAAAAAAAAAAAAAAAAGAAACGAAGCGUAUGCGUAUAAUUAAUUAUGGCGUACGUUUUUCUUUUUCUUUCUUUUUUUUUCUUUUUUUAACACGCUAUUAACAAAUAGCAGUGUUAAGUAGACUUAUUAUUGUCAAAGUAAGCAUUCGAUAUUAUAUUUUUAUUUGUUUAGUUCACACUUUUAGCAAUGCGUAUCAGCUACAUUUUCCAACAAUUUGUUUCAACAGGGGCCAUUCAGAAUGCAGGGCUCAAUAUAAAACGCUUUGGAGUAAGGAAGAAAUUGGUUACUUCGAUACAGUUUGUCAGCGUUUCUUAACGUUUACCAAUCCGUGGAUCGUGUUCUUUCUUCGUGGAUUUUGUAAAAGUUUGAAAAAAUAUAUACACACACAUGUGACAAGGCCGUAAUUCAAUCACGUGAUUCAAUCCCUUACACAUGAGAGGACAGAUAGAUUAGAGAGCACGACUGUCUUUUUACCAAUGACAAAUUUUACUCAACAAACACGAUCCAGGAAAACAAAAAGAAAAAAAAAAAAAAUUGGGAAACGCUGAAUCAUUAUACUAUUAGCCAGAGAAUUCUCAGUGCACCAACAUUUUUUUUAUCAAUCUCAUAAUUACAGAUUUGUUUGAUAAAA